AUGCCGCCGCCCUUCACUCGUGGAAAAUGCAAUGAAGCUCGACACCUGCUGCGCGCCAUCCUGCGCGAAUCCUCCUAUCUCCCUGAUGAACAGGCCCGCAUAUACAUAACCACCCACGCCGUCUCCCGCUUCAGAGACUACUCCCGUGGACACAAAUCGGACGACCUUGUUACACAAAGACGCCUAUUACAGCUCGACAAUGCGCGCAAAGCCCUGUCAGAACUUCGCAGAGCAAACCAAGGAGAGCUGAAGCCCUUGCUCAAGGUCCUUCAUCUGACCUAUGCUCGCACUGGCAAAAGACGCCACGACCUCCUUCGCGACUUUCAGUACAAGCCACCGGCCGGUGCGCCCGCCGAACCACUCCCGCUGCCGCAGUUGACUCCUCAGCAUGUCGCGCUGCUCGAGUCCCAGACAUCCGCUUCUCCUCCCACCACUGUCCGUCCUCUGCUCCGAUCAUGGGCCCUGAAGAUACCCGAAACCAACAGCUGGGAAAGGCCCAUGCCCAAGAAGCGUAUCGCAAACAUCACCCAGCAAUGGUAUGCCACCGUCCUCGAGCGAACUAUUGUGCCUCUACCUGUCGCUGAGUGGGAACGCCUGCGUGAUCUUGCUCUAGGCAAAACAAGGUUCAAGGGUCCUACACCGCGCCGUGUCGCCGCUGCUUCACGAGCUAGCCUUCCUUCACCACUGGAAGUAGCCUUGGGUCUUGUCCGGCUAAAUUCGCCUGACGUCGUCCUCGGAAACGCUGCGAACACACUUCAUGCUCGUAAACUCACUGCUCGCUCCAUGAUGAGAUGUUGGGCUACCGUGUUCGCACAGUGUCCAGUCAUGGCAUGGCAUGAGAAGUCUCAGAAGUGGUCAAUACAGUGGGGCUGCCAUGUUCUGGACAAGGCGGACAUUUCUAGAGCUACCGAAACUCCUCUGGACAAGAGCUGA